AUGGUGCAGAACAAGUACUUUCGAUACAAGGCCGUCCCUAGCGGAUGGCCAGAGCCUAAUAAGGACCUGGAUAUCGCGUCUGAGGAGUUCGACCUCGAGGCACCUCCUCCCAGAAAUGGCUUCAUCACAAAGAAUCUGUAUGCGGCUUUUGAUCCCAGCCAAAGAGGUAGGAUGAGAGAUUCCAAAGUCUGGUCUUACUCAAAGGCUAUGGAGGUAGGAAAGCCAGUUGAGUCAGUCAGUGUAAUUGGCAAAGUCCUGAAAUCAGACAACUCGCAGUUCAAGGAGGGAGAGCAUGUAAUAUUGUGGAGUAGCUACACGGAAACGUACUCGAAAGUCUCCCCAGAAGACACCAACGGCUUGAGUGAUCAGAAAGUUGAGAGCAGUAGAAGAGCCCAACGCUUCGAACCAGCUUCAGGUGUGCCAUUUACCGCCUAUAUCAACGCUCUGGGUAUGACUGGUAUGACUGCCUAUGGUAGCCUCCAUGAGAUUGGUACACCGCGGAAAGGAGAGACAAUCUGGGUGUCGGCCACGGCUGGUGCUGUGGGUCUCGUCGUCGCGCAAGUCGCUCUUCGAGAAGGACUGAAAGUGAUAGGUAGUGUUGGCGAUGACAAGAAGUUGGAGCACUUGAGAGAGCUCGGGAUCACAGAAUGCUUCAAUUACAAAAAGGAGGAUCCUCGCAGUGCUCUCAAGAGGUUGGCACCUGACGGAAUAGAUAUUUUUUACGACAACGUCGGAGGUGAGCAGCUCGAUAUUGCGCUCGAGCACAUCAAAGUUGGGGGCAGAAUUGUCGCGUGCGGUGCAAUCUCGCAAUACAACAACCAGCCAGGGCAAGGGUACGGAGUGAAAAACACAACGAUGAUGGUAAGGAAGCGGCUUCGAUGGCAGGGCUUUCUAGUGUUCGAUCAGAAUAUCAUGCAGCACAGCAAAGCACGAGACGAGAAUAUUACCAAGUGGAUCCAGGAAGGUAGUUUCAAGUCCGACGAUCACGUUACAGAUGGUAUGGACAAUGCAGUUGAAGGCUUUUUGGGCAUGCUGAAGGGUGAUAAUCUAGGUAAGGCCAUCUUGAAAAUCAGCGAUGAAUGA